ACACACGUACGACGCGGAUACGCGCGUGAGGGUCCGGAUCAGCCGGUCGGUUUCUUUGGCUCGGACGGCCGUUCAAGGGGGAACCGGGGCCCGCGGGCCGGUCACAGGCGUCCGCCGGUAAUGUGUCGGUGACGGAGGCUCUUUCAUCCGGUGUCGGAGGAGGUGAACAUGCCGCUCGGUGGUGCGUUAAGGGUCCUGCUGCUCCUGCUCAGCGGGGCGUCUGCAGUGGCGCCGCCACGAGGCCUGAAGGUGACCUGCCACAACCAGCAGGUGACGGUCAGCUGGGAGAAGAGCGAGCGGGGGGCCAGCUACAGGGUGCACGUCGACGGCAGCGCGGGGGAGCAGGUGGACAAUACUACGGAGAACCAGUACGAUCUGACCCCCUUCGUCUGGGCCUCUGAGGACCGCUACCUGGGCUACCAUUACGUCACCGUGACGACACUAGAGGGAGGCAACCAGUCCGAGCCGAAUUGUUCGAAUUGUUCGUUCACCUUUAACUCUUUAAAACUGGCUGAUCUGAAUUGUAAGUGUAAAUUAGACUUUAACCCCGUGGACCUGAAAGAGAGCGACUCUGGGGCCACGUUGAGUUUCCAGAACCCCCUCUAUAGAGCGCUGAACAGAACCGCCCGGUCGGGUUUGCCCAGCUUUAGAUUCACCGCCACCUUCAAUGGUAGAAACUUCAGCCGCUCGUGCGACGCCACAGAGGACGUCUGCAGGCUGCUGCUGCUGCCCGGGUCGUCCUCAGGAGACACGUGCGUGUCGAAGCUUACAGGGGAGCUGGUCAGUGAGAACGCCGUCGGCCGGGUUCUCUUCAGAGAGGUGGGACCCGUCUGUGCCCGUGGCUCUACUGAGCUGGACGUCCUGGCGCUGUCUCUGAUGCUGCUCCUCUUCUUCGUCGUCACCUCUGUGGUGACCGUCCUCAUCUGCAGAGCGAAAGCCUGGACCAUGAAGGGGGACCCGGCAAAGACUCCCAUCUCACUGGUGCUGAGCCCCCACGAGGGGGACAUGAGGUACGUCCUCGUUCCCCGCGAGGACGUCAGCCCCGUCACAGUGACGGAGAACCACAUCUGCGAAAACCCCUCUGUCGGCUCUGAGGAGGACCUCCAGCUGGGCGCCUGCACUAAUUACCUCCCCCUGGUGGGGGGGCUCACGGGGGACGACUCGGAGGACGACUCGGAGGACGACUCGGAGGACGACUCUGAGGACGACUCUGAGGAAACGGAGAGCGCUUCGAUGGACUUGGCGCACUACGACCGCAGGCAGACGCUGGAGGUGAACAUGCCGCUCGGUGGUGCGUUCAGGGUCCUGCUGCUCCUGCUCAGCGGGGCGUCUGCAGUGGCGCCGCCACAAGGCCUGAAGGUGACCUGCCACAACCAGCAGGUGAUGGUCAGCUGGGAGAAGAGCGAGCAGGGGGCCAGCUACAGGGUGCACGUCGACGGCAGCGCGGGGGAGCAGGUGGACAAUACUACGGAGAACCAGUACGAUCUGACCCCCUUCGUCUGGGCCUCUGAGGACCGCUACCUGGGCUACCAUCACGUCACCGUGACGACACUAGAGGGAGGCAACCAGUCCGAGCCAAAUUGUUCGAAUUGUUCGUUCACCUUUAACUCUUUAAAACUGGCUCAUCUGAAGUGUGAAUUGGACUUCCCCCCCGUGGACCUGAAAGAGAGCGACUCUGGGGCCACGUUGAGUUUCCAGAACCCCCUCUUCUUCUACAGAGAGCUGAAGAAAGCCGCCAGGUCGGGUUUGCCCACCUUUAGAUUCACCGCCACCUCCAAUGGUAGCGACUUGAUUGGCUCGUGCGACGCCACAGAGGACGUCUGCAGGCUGCUGCUGCUGCCCGGGUCGUCCUCAGGAGACACGUGCGUGUCGAAGCUUACAGGGGAGCUGGUCAGUGAGAACGGCGUCGGCUGGGUUCUCUUCAGAGAGGUGGGACCCAUCUGUGCCCGUGGCUCUACUGAGCUGGACGUCCUGGCGCUGUCUCUGAUGCUGCUCCUCUUCUUCGUCGUCACCUCUGUGGUGACCGUCCUCAUCUGCAGAGCGAAAGCCUGGACCAUGAAGGGGGACCCGGCAAAGACUCCCAUCUCACUGGUGCUGAGCCCCCACGAGGGGGACAUGAGGUACGUCCUCGUUCCCCGCGAGGACGUCAGCCCCGUCACAGUGACGGAGAACCACAUCCGCAAAAAACCCUGUGUCGGCUCCGAGGAGGACCUCCAGCUGGGCGCCUGCCAUCGCUCCCCCUGCCUGGGGGGGGGGCUCUCGGGGGACGACUCUGAGGACGACUCUGAGGAAACGGAGAGCGCUUCGAUGGACUUGGCGCACUACGACCGCAGGCAGACGCUGGAGGUGGACAUGGGCGAUGGAGACGUUGCCACGGGUUACGGCAACCGGGACAAUGACUUAUGAGAGUUCUCGAGGGGGGCGUUUUGGGCUCUGGGGGCACCGGACCCCCCCCCCCUGAGGAUGCCUUUUGGUUUGUUUGGUCAACGGUUUUUGGGAGAAAAUCUGCAGUCUGUGUGAAGUCUGAGGAGAUUUUCAAGUAGCUCAGAAGCGUCGCUGCUUUUUUGUAAAACACAGUUGAACCAAAGACUUUUUCCUGCAUGGAUUUAAUCAGGCAGCUUAAGGGGAGACCGUCGUAAUAUUUGUGCCAAAUUAAAUGAAGAUGAAAGUUUAAGAAAUGUCUUGCACAUUUCUUUCGUGAACUCGUGUGAACUCUUCAAUGACGUCCACAGCGAACCGACUCUUUGACGGAUGGACAAACGUUCUGCAUGAAAUUUAAGAAACAAAUCAUUUGUGCUGAAGUUCCUCUCAGGGAUCUGGUUUCACUUGUUGUUAAACUGGUUUCACGACGUCAUAAAUACCUUUCAGCCUGGCUGACAGCGACACACCUCAGAUCAGAUCAACCUGCCGAACCGGUGUGGUUUGUUCACUUUUUUUGUACAGAUGUGAAAACAGAUCUUUAUGAAGGGGGGGGGGGUUUGUUCAAAACAAUAUUGAUAUUCUUGUGUGAACUCCAAACAUGAGGAAAUCAUAAAGCAUCGAAAGAACCGCUCUGACAUGAAGGCAGAGUUUUGGCACAAUUACCCAAACAAAACGAGAAUCUUGAGGAAUAGAAAAGUCUUUAUUUUGGAGAUUUGCUUUCUGACUGACGGCACUUCA